CUUCCGCUCCUCAACUUUCCCACACCAAGCAUUGCUGCAGUGUUUAGAAAAAGAGAGAAACCCUUUACAACCAGGAAAGGUGAACAUCUCAUCUAGUUGGGGCCAAGUAGAAGCUUCAAUCUAUCCUGAUUUGGCUCUUCACCGUUCUGCAAAUAGGAUAAGUCAAAAAAAGUCAGCUGCCCUUUUCUAUUGCUUAUUCUCUAGUUUACAACUAGACCAGGGAAUGCUGAGAUGUGCUUCAAAGUUGAGAAAUUUUUGCCCGUGAUAGAUGAAGCUGUGGCUCCAUCUGGGCUGCCUUUAUUUGUUCUAGACAACAUUCAACAUUCUGUUGUAAGUCCCUUUUGGUUCCACGUGGUAUCGCCAAGUGUGACCAAAAAUUUGAAAGAGCGUGUCUUGUCCAAGCAUGAUGUCUGUGAAGAUGGUUGAGAUUUUUCUGUUUUGAGGUCAAUUCUAGUUGUUUAUAUACCUAACUUAAUUAGGUUUAUUGUAAUAGCUGUUUAGUUGUCUUCUAUUACUUGAAAUGGAGAAGAAAGGGAGCAUAUUGAUGCAAAGGUAUGAACUAGGGAGAUUGUUAGGCCAAGGAACCUUUGCCAAGGUGCAUUACGCAAGGAAUCUGAAAACGGGGACAAGUGUGGCAAUCAAGAUUGUUGAUAAAGACAAGAUCUUGAAGGCGGGGAUGAUUGAUCAGGUCAAGAGAGAAAUUUCUGUCAUGAAACUUGUUAGACAUCCUAAUGUGGUGGAGCUUUAUGAGGUCAUGGCCAGCAAAUCCAAGAUUUACUUUGUCUUGGAAUAUGCUAAAGGUGGAGAACUCUUCAACAAGGUUGCUAAAGGAAAGCUCAAGGAGGAUGUUGCAAGGAAGUUAUUUCAGCAGCUGAUCAGUGCUGUUGAUUACUGCCACAGCAGAGGGGUGUAUCAUCGAGAUUUGAAACCCGAAAACCUCUUGUUGGAUGAGCAAGGAAAUCUGAAAGUUUCAGAUUUCGGGUUAAGUGCUCUUGCUGAAUCAAGGCGCCAAGAUGGGUUACUCCAUACAACCUGUGGGACACCAGCUUAUGUUGCUCCAGAAGUGAUUAGCAGAAGAGGCUAUGAUGGGCGCAAAGCUGAUAUUUGGUCUUGUGGGGUUAUCUUAUUUGUUCUUUUGACUGGUUAUCUUCCAUUCCAUGACUCGAAUCUUAUGGUGAUGUAUAGGAAGAUUUGUAAGGGAGAAUUCAAAUUUCCCAACUGGUUUGCUCCUGAAGUCCGAAGGUUGAUCUCAAAAAUCCUGGAUCCCAACCCAAGUACCAGGAUAUCCAUGGCCAAAAUAAUGGAGAAUUCAUGGUUUCGGAAGGGAUUGGAACCACCAAAGCACCUUCUUGAACCUGAAGGGAAAGAUUCAAAAGAGCUAACUGCUCUGGAUGCUGAUGCAGUUUUCAAGACGAAUGAGAACACUAAUGAUGCUACUGUAGGGGCAAAACAAGAGUCGGGGAAGCCUAGUAACUUGAAUGCCUUUGAUAUCAUCUCCUUUUCUCCAGGAUUCGAUUUGUCUGGCUUGUUUGAGGGGAACAACAAAAAGAAAGAAGCGCGAUUUACAUCCAACCAACCAGCCUCAGCCAUCAUAUCUAAAUUGGAAGACAUUGCAAAGCGUCUGAAGCUGAAGGUGAAGAAGAAAGAUGGAGGAGUAUUGAAAAUGGAAGGGUUUAAAGAAGGCAGGAAAGGAGUCCUUGGCAUUGAUGCUGAAAUCUUUGAGAUCACUCCGUCCUUCCACCUGGUUGAGGUGAAGAAGAGUAAUGGUGAUACGUUGGAGUACCAGAAAGUGAUGAAAGAAGACAUCAGACCGGCUCUCAAGGACAUUGUUUGGUCCUGGCAAGUAGAGCCACCAACAUCGCCACCACCACCACCACCACCAGUGCUGCAGCAGCAACGGGAAGAACAACUAGAUGAAAAAUAGCCGUGGUCAUUCUAUGUUCUCCAAAAUUCAUGUUUUCUCACCACAGAACUUAUAAUGAUCAUCGACUGUGUUUGGUUUCGUCUUGAACUUGAUCUGUUUUAUGUUUUGUACUUGAAAUGUUUAAGUAGUGUUAUUCCCUGUCCGGACCAUAACCAAUCAUCUGUUGAUCCUGCUUGCUACAAACAUCAAUCUAAG